AUGUCAGGGCAGGGACAGCAACCGAACUUGACUGCACAGCAGCAACAGAUGAUUCUUCAACAACAACAGCAGCAUAUGAUGAGACAGCAACAUAUGCAACAACAGCAAAUGCAUCAGAGACAGAUGCAGCAACAAGUGCAGCCCACGGGGCAGUUUCAACGUGCUCGGACACCACAGAUGCAACAACACGCUCCAGGUGGAUCACCUGGAGGGUCUCAUCUUCAGAUGCAUCCACAUCUUCAACCACCAGGUCAUAUGCAGCCUAGAUCUCCAUUAGUUGGAUCGCAGCUUAAUGCUCCUGGAUCAGUCCCAGCUGGCAACCCAGCCACACCACAAAUGAUGCAUCAACAAAUGGGAAUGAAUCAACCGAUGUCUCUUCCUGCACAUCAUAUCUCGCGUCCAGCAUCUGUUGCCCCUCCUGCAUCAGUUCCACCUAAUCUGCAAACCACAGGAGGGGGACCACCAAGCAACCAGAUGGAUUCAAUGGGUGGUCAACCACAAUAUCCACUGCAUCUCCAACCACAACAAACACCAUCUCGUCCAGGGUCUCAACAAGGACAGCAUGUUAAUAAUUCUCAUGGUGGUCCACAGUCCGUGCAACAACCGACGAGUAUUCAAAGACCUGGAUCGGUUCUUGCCCCAGGAUCUAUCCAACAACCAGAAUCACUCGGGGCCCCUCCGUCGAAUAGUGUCAUUGGUGGCCCACAAUCUGUUCAAGGCUAUGGGCCUGGAUCUGUGCAACCACCUGGAUCAGCACAAGCACCUUCGUCUGCUCAACCGGGAUCAGCUUUUGCUCCAGGAUCAAUUCAAGCACCAGCUAGUCAGCAGCCUCCUUCUUCUAUUCAACCUCCACCUUCUGCGGCAUCAAGCUCUGCGGUUGGUGGAGCCACUGCUGCGCAAAAUAGUAAAGAGCCAUUGAAACCAAAUGAGGAACAAAUCAGAAUGGUACAAGAUCCAGUAGAUUUAGUACGCAAUUUAGUUCAAAAGGAUUUGAGAAAUUCGGUGGUGGAAAUGAACAAGCGUGGUGCUGACCUUGUGAGGCAAAGAGAAGAAAAAAAUGUGAAUGAAAGUGACAGAGCACAAUUCAAGCGGGCAGCUAAUGACUUUCAUGCUGUUUGCGAUGAAAUUGACCGUACACUAACUACAGUUAUGGAGACUGCCAAACAAUUGAUCAAACUUGAAAAAGUGUUCAUGGACCGAAACUCAAAAGAACUUGAUGGAGAACUUAUGGUGAACUCUGUUCAAUCAUUCGUCGAUAACACUGAUAUUGUUCAAAAAAUGUUUGACGAAACAAUCGGCGGUGUAACAGCUUCAAUGGAAAAAAUGCGGAGACGUCAGAAAAAGUGGGAGGACUUGCAAAAAGAAACACAAAAUAACGAGGAUGUCGAAAUGAUUGAAUAA